GCCGCCUCCCUCAGCCCCGCGCGGCGCGGCGGGCGGCUCCGCUCCGCACCGCUCGGCCCGCAGCGCUCCGCGCCGCGCUAUGUGUGCGGGCGCUCCUGUGCCUCCUCGCGGCCGCUUCCCACCCGGCGGGGCGCCUUCGGCCGCGCUCUGAGAGCGCGGCGGGGCAGGGAGUGAGCGGUGCGGAGCACGGACGUGCCGCCUGGCGCGGCGCGGAGCGGCGCGGUCCAAAGGGAGUGCGGCGCCAUGCGGGGCCCGGGGCUAGGGCUGGCGCUGGGGCUACUGCUGGGCAUGGCGUGGCUGGUGUGCGGGCAGAACGAGACGGAACCCAUCGUGCUGGAGGGGAAGUGCCUCGUGGUGUGCGACUCCAACCCCACCUCCGACCCCACUGGCACUGCUCUCGGCAUCUCCGUGCGCUCCGGUAGCGCCAAGGUCGCCUUCUCAGCUAUCCGCAGCACCAACCACGAGCCCUCCGAGAUGAGCAACCGCACCAUGAUAAUCUACUUCGACCAGGUACUAGUGAAUAUCGGCAGCAACUUCGACUCGGAGCGGAGCACUUUCAUCGCGCCAAGAAAGGGGAUAUACAGUUUCAAUUUUCACGUGGUGAAAGUGUACAACAGGCAAACCAUCCAGGUGAGUUUGAUGCUAAAUGGGUGGCCAGUGAUUUCUGCCUUUGCAGGGGAUCAAGAUGUGACCCGGGAAGCUGCUAGCAAUGGAGUCCUGAUUCAGAUGGAAAAAGGAGACAGAGCUUAUCUAAAACUGGAGAGAGGAAACUUAAUGGGAGGCUGGAAGUAUUCGACAUUCUCUGGAUUUCUGGUGUUCCCACUUUAAAUCACUUCUUAUCCAAGAAAAGGGAGAGAUCUCUUACAAAUUCACAAGUGGUAGCUGGGUUUAAAGAGUUGGGGACAGCAGACUUUUUACAUUCAAAUAUUAAAGAAGCUAAAUCCUGCUUAGGUUUGUGUACACCUGCUUUGAAGAAUUACUACUUAUUUUUGUUGUGUUGCAGCCAACAGGCGGGAGAUGCUAUAAUUGAUACCCCCCCCAUUUAUAUUCUCCCACAAAAUUGGUUCCCAUCCCUGUGUCAUUGGUGUAAUCUGCCACCAUUUCCCCAUGGUUUCUGCCUCACAUGAGUAGACUUUAGAUAUUUCCAUUGUCCUUUACAGCAUAUUUUGUAGUUUUGUUUUUAAAACAUGUUAAUCUUGACUCUUUCUCUGAGUUUAACUUUUAAAACAAAACAAAACAAAAGUAUUUUUGAAUACAUGGAUGACAUGAUGGAAGGGAAAAUGCAAUUCUUGCUGUGUACGGGCUGGCAAAGGGAAAAUUUCUACAUGAAGAACUAUUCACAGCCAACGCUGACUAGAGUAUUUCAAUAUUUCUAUGUAAUUCUGAGUGAUUGUGAAAUUUAAGGCUGCUAAAUGUUUUGAUGCUUGUUUUGCUCUUGUACAAUGUGGCCCAACUAAACGCCAGGAAGUAUAUUGAACUUUUACUAUUACUCCGUAAUAUAUGAGUGAAUAUAAAAAAAUAAUUUUUGCUUUAAUUUAAUAAAGUUUAAAUGGGACUUUUAUUUUUCUCAACCAGAAAUGAGGUUUCUCAAUGCAGGCAGGCAGGGAGAGGAGGCGGCUCAGCGCCUUCCCAGGGCCGCGGAGCCUCCGCGGGUGCGGCCGCAGUGCUCCGCUUCCCCCGCCAUGUAAUGCCCUCCCCGCCCUGAGCAGGGCCACGCGGCCGCGCAAGACCCGCUGGCAGUGCCGGCAGCCCAAGCGGAGCCGCUGCUAGGAAGUUUCCCGCCGGCUCUUCUGUCCGCUUAUUUAUAGCAUUUAUGUGUAUCAUAUUCUAUAAACAGGAUCGCAUUUUAUACGGCCGUCUAAAAAUACCUGAUGAUGUACACUUCGAUGCUCGUAUUAUUUAUUUGCCAGUAUUAUUUUGUUUACAGUCUUUUAAAGAUGUAAAUGCUAUAAUUUUGCAGUACUCAGAGAUUACUAAUUUUAUUAAAAUGUGUGUAUGGGGAUCUAGAUUGUAUCUAAACUUUAAUGUGAAAUAAAGCAAUGACACGAG